AUGCCGUCAUCCGUCCCGCAACAGAAGAUGUUUGCCUACAACACUCAACAGGCGUUCCUAAUCAGAAUCAACAAGCUUCGCAUGAUGGAGCAGCAGCUUGCAGCAAUCCACUGGCAGCCCCGUGACCUUGAAACCAGAGUGCACGACCUUCAAAGGGAAUGUCAUGAGAAAAAUAAAAUCAUCAAAUCUUUGCAAGAACAAUUAGACGAACAGAAACGACAGCGACAACAAGAUGCGAAACAAGUUGAGAACAAAGCUGGUAAAAUCAAAGACUGGGUUACAAAUAAAUUAUCACAGCUGGAACAACAGAACCAGGCCCUCCAGACAGAAAAUGAGAUGCUUCAGGACCAGGUAGAGAUCCUUCGGGAACGACUACAGGCCCUCCCUGCCUUUGCAGCUAAAGAAAUUUAUCGAAUGAGUGGUCAGGAUUCCUUCUCUAGACCGUCCUCAUCAGUCGUUGAGACAUCCCGACCCCCAUCACAAGACAUGGGAUCAAGGACAGCCUCAGAGAUGACCAAUCUCUCAGGACUUCUUGGAUCAAGGCCAGUCUCCGAAACAAGUUCAAGGCCAGCAUCUCACAACUUUGGUUCUCGUCCAAUGUCCGAAGUCGUAGGGGUCAUCCGUCCAUUCUCAGGAACAGGGUGGUCAGAAACUGUCUCAGAAGUUGUGAAUUUACAACCAUUUUCUCAGACAUACAGUUCAAGACCCACCUUAGACUUUGUAAGUUCACAGCCAGGAUCAAGUUUCAGUUCACGAUCAGCCUCCCCUGCUGUUCUACCUCCAGAAAUUCCCAGACGACCUUCACCUUCAAUACUGGAAGCUUUUAAAAUGGAACAAGAACUAAUGGAGGAUAGGACUGAUGUUAGUAUUAGUCCACCUUCUGACACACCUGAUAGUAGUCCAGAUGGUUUAACAGAAAAUCUCUCCGAUAAUAAUAGUGACGAUAGUAUGGCAGACAUUGAGCAUGAUCCCCUUUACCAGGAAGUGGAUCAGAAUCAUGAAAGUACAUAUGAACCUAAAAAAUCUCUACCUCCACAGAUCAAAAUUGAACGAAAACAAUUUCAUGACCCACAUAUCUUUGAUUCCUUGGUUAGUUCUAGUACUGGAAGUGAAGAAGUGUUGUCUCGUCUCAGGAAUUUACAAAAUGGUGAUAUCUUAAAUGGGGAUGAUGAUACCCUUCGUCUGGAGGAUGAGGAGGAGGAAGAGGAAGUUGAAGAUAAGAUAAUUGUGGAGGAUGUUACUCCUAUAACCUUGACCCCUAGCACUCUUAUGACCCCUUUGACGCCAUUAACUCCACUCCUUCCACAAGCUUCUCCCUCCAUGACUGGGGUGUUUGGCCACCAUCAUACCUCCAAUGUGUCUGCCAUUGCAACAUUCCCGCGGGUGAGGAAGGAGCGUGACAAACCACCUCCUCUUCAACUUCUAGCUCCAAAGGAGGGACCACAGUUCUUUCUUGCUCAGGAAACACAAAGAGGGAGGGGACAUUUUGUUCCACCUCCUCCUGUAUUAGAACCUCAGGUGAUUGGUGCUGUUCGGGAUACAACCUCAAGUAAAACCAGGUCGUCUCCCGUGACAACAAGACGAGCUGCUUCCCACACACUUUGGGAAAAACGAAACUAUGCAGUUCCUAAGAAGUCUCGUCAGCAACCUCCAGACCACAAUAUAAUAGCUUCCCGAAGUCCAGGUCAUGAGGUAACUGCGUUGGAUCAACUUUACCAGGACCUCAGUGUGCCAGUGUUUGCCACACUGAAAGGGAAAGCAGCUCAGAUUCGCAGCACGCCAUUUACAGGGGAAUCAUCUUCGGAAUCCUCUGACAAUGAAGAGGGACCACUCCCCACGGGAACCACUGAACAACCAGAUCUCAGUACCUCAGCAGCAAGCCCAAUCACUGACAGAAACAUAUCUAAACAGCAGCAAAGUAGCUCAGGGGCCACUAAGAGGGGUGUGUCCUGCCAUUCCGCAGCCUCAGAAAUAUCAUGUGACUAUGCAGACCCUCCAGAUGAGACCUCCAGUAAAAGUGACUCUGAAAACUCCGAGCCAGAACAGAAACUCCUCAAGUAUGCCACAGACAAUCAAAAACAUGAUACUCUAGAGAAGUUUGGUUACCUGUCCAAACUGGGCGGUAAAGUAAAGAUGUGGAAGAGAAGGUGGUUUGUCUUGAGGAAUGGAGAGCUCUUCUACUACAAGUCACAGCAUGAUGUGUUACGUAAGCCCCAAGGAACUCUCAAACUUGAUGAGCAGACCCGCAUCUCUCAUGUCAAGGGAGAACUCACUUUCGAAAUAACCAACUCCAAGAGGACACACUACUUCACAGCAGAUACCCAGGCUGAAACUGAGAAGUGGAUCAAAAUUUUACGAAAGUUCCUGAAACGUCAGGCUACCAGUUUCCUGCUUGACCACAUGGAAACUAAGGCAGUGGUCAGGGGCUGGCUGACCAAGGUGAAACAUGGGGCCACCCGCAAGUGUUGGUGUGUCCUCCUGGGGCACUACUUUCUCUACUACAAGACGGCCAAGGAAAAGACACCUAUCGGUCAAAUCAACCUACAAAGUGCCAAGAUAGAGGAUGUAGAUAAUUCUGGUGACUCGGAUGAAGAAUGUGAGGUCACCAUGACACCCAAACAUGUGGUGGCUGUAUGGCCACCCAACCAGGGACCAACCUACCUUAUAGUGCCUAGUAAGCACGAAAAGGAUUCGUGGCUGUACCACUUGACAGUGGCGGCAGGAGGGGGAAUGGGCAAUGUGGGCACAGAGUAUGAACAACUCAUUGCAAAAGUCAUGGAGGUCGAAGGCGAAACUAAUUCAGUAUAUUGGAAACAUCCCAUGAUGCUUCAUUGCAAGGAACCAAUCACAAGACCUCUAACUACUCUACCUUCAGAAGAUCUACAACGCAAGGCAGCGGAAAUGUUUAAAUGGAUAGUGCAGUUCAUUUACUCCCAGAUUGAUACCUCUCAGCUGGAUUUCCAUGUUGAACUUGCCCAGAGUAUACUUGAACUCUGUGUUCGUCACCCACAGUUACAGAACGAACUGUACUGCCAGCUCAUCAAACAGACCACUCCCCACCCUGUACAACACAAAACUACCAUGCAGAAUUUACUACUGUGUGGCAAGCAUUCCUGGUACCUGUGCCACGCAACACCUACCUCACCCACGAACUCUGUGGUGGAUCUCUCAGACUCAAAACUUAACCCUGCUCAUCAUGUGUUCCUGCAGGGCUGGCAGCUCCUUGCUAUGUGUGUCUCACUCUUCCUGCCUAAACAGAGCAUCAUGUGGCAUCUUAAGGUCCACCUGCAACGUAACGCAGACCAAAAGUCAGAAAUUGGGAAAUAUGCAAUAUUCUGUCAGCGAGCAUUAGAGCGGACAGUUGUGAAGGGUGUUCGUGAGGUACGUCCAUCACGUAUGGAAGUGAUGUCCAUCCUGCUCCGACACCCCUUCCAUCACUCUCAACCAAUCAGUAUUCCUGUUCACUUCCUCCACAACACAUACCAGGUGGUCAGCUUUGAUGGGUCAACUACAGUCCAAGAGUUUCUGCUGACCCUAAGCAAAGCCAUCAGUGUACGAGAUGUGUGUCAGUCCGGAUUCUCCUUGUGUACAGACGACCCCUGCAGCUCUGACACAGAACACUGUCUCCAAUCCUCCAUCAAGAUCUGUGAUGUUAUAUCAAAAUGGGAACAAAGCCACAAGGAAUUUAUCUCAGGGAAACAAGACAAUGGGCGUACCAUUCGACUUCUCUACAAAAACAGGUUGUAUUUCAAGUCGUCCAGUUCUGCAGAAACGGAAAAAGAGAAAUUACUUCUGACGUAUCAGGUGAAUGAUGAGAUUAUCCACGGCCGAUUUCCUCUCAAUAAAGACUUGGCAUUGGAGCUGGCUUCUCUCAUGGCACAGAUAGAGUUUGGAGAUGUAAAGCUGUCUAAUGAGUCUAGUCAGGUGGGCGGGGCUGCCCCUCCCUACCAACCCAACCUUGCCCAACAGCUGACUACAGUCCUUGACCGGUUCUAUCCCCGGAAGUACAGCCAAGCCUCUGAGGAUGAACAAAGAUCAACAGUGUCCAAACUGUUGGAAAGAUGGGUGUCUCUGAGAGGCCGGUCUCCUCAGGACUGUGUCCGAGUCUACCUUGCUGUGGUCAGGAAGUGGCCAUUCUGUGGUGCCAAACUUUUCUUCACAAAAUUAAAGACGUCUCCUACCCCUGAGGAUGAGGUGUGGCUAGCUGUCCAGGAGGAAGGCAUCUCUGUACUAGAGCAUUCCACCAUGCAACCCAUCAGUUCCUAUGACUUCCGGUCUGUGAUAACCUUUGGAGGCUGGAAAGACGACUUCAUGCUGGUGGUCACUCAACUCAUAGAGUCUGCACCGCACCAUUACGAACACCGCACAGAGAAACUAUUAUUCUCCAUGCCAAAACACAAGGUGUUGGAAGCAACUCUCUUGGUGGCCAGUUACAUAAAUGUCCGUGUCCAACAUCCCUCUCAAGACAGCAGUGCUGACCUAUGA